AUGAACAGCGGAAAGAUUGGAUUUUAUACAGCGGACGCUGUUUCAUGCAAAUGGACUUCAUUGGCAGUCAUCAGAGAUAAAUACGGUACAUUUUAUUCAAUAGAAGUUCUUCCAGAUGUACAAGCUUUCAGUGAAUCAGCAAUUAUUGACUCAUCAUUUGAACUACCUCCAAUUCCUUUUGUCAAAAAGAAUCCUUUUGCAGAACUCAGAGAUUCCUGCUAUAUUUAUCCAAUUCCAGAGAAUAAAUUAAAUAUUGCAACAACGGUAAAGAUUACAUUGAUAAAUACAAGAUACGAAGGAAGCCUAUGGCAGUUUAUUGAAAAGCAGAUAUCAUCUUUCUUCAGAUCUCACAGAUACGCUUUUGUAAAUGAAACAAUUGUUUCUAUUCCAAUAAUUACAGGUGAAACAAUCAAAGUUAGUAUCGAAGGUCACAUGAAGACACCUCAAUGGUUUGUUUUCUCACCUACAUCAAAAAUUCAAUACAUUCAAGGAAAUAGAGCAUAUGACAUCGUUCAUUAUCCAACUUACGAUCAACUAUUUGAGAGAGUAAAGCGAAUCGCAUGCUUUUCAAUAUUUAAUGCCGAAAAACCACCUUCAAUUUUGAAAAUCAUCACAAAAGUUUACGCAAAUCCACAUCCUUGCGGCAUCAUUUUCACAGGAAGUGAAGGUAGUGGCCGAGGAUAUAUUACAAAACAGAUUGCAGACGCUCUAGAACUUCCAUUUACAGAAAUUGAUGCCCAGAACAUCGAUUCCACAGAUUUAGAAUUCCCUGUUCUUGAGCAACGUCUUAUACCUAAAAGUAUUGUUCUUUUAAGGAAUUUUGACUCACAUUUUACUGGAGAUAACACUCCAUUUCAGCGCAGACUUGAAUCAUCCCUUUCAUCAUUAAUAGAUUCCUCCAAAGAUUGUUUCUUCGUAUUAACUGUUCUCUCAAAGGACACAAUUCCAUCCAGAUUACAAUCCGCUUCCAGAUUAGGUUCAACAGUUGCUUUUCCACCCCUUACAUCGAAGGACGUAUCCACAAUACUCGGGGAUUCACUUCCCCAGAACGUUAUCGAUGGCGCUGCCGGACUUCCAGCUUCAAGUUUGAUUUUGGCCGCAAAAACAAAAAGUGUCGAAACUCUUUUUGACGCUUUUAGUUCGAUCAGCCAAAGCUCUAUCAACUCGAAUGUAAUGAAGACCGGAUGGGACGAUAUCGGUGGAUUAUCCGCCACUAAGAAGAUCGUCAGGGAAGCCGUAGAAUGGCCAUUAACAAGAAGAGACCAAUUACAGAAAUUCGGUGUCAAACCUCCACGAGGAGUUUUGUUACAUGGCCCACCAGGAUGUGGCAAAACGAUGAUUGCUAGAGCUAUUGCCACCUCUCUUUCAUCAUCAUUCUUUUCGAUAAGCGCUGCAUCUGUUUUCCAAAUGUAUCUCGGCGAAUCAGAAAGAGUUGUCAGAGAACUUUUUGAACUCGCGAGACAGAGAUCUCCUUCAGUUAUAUUCAUCGAUGAAAUUGACGCAAUGGUCGGAAAAAGAGGACAAAACACUGGUGUUUCUGAACGUGUUUUAUCAACAUUUUUGAAUGAAAUGGAUGGUGUUUCAUCAUUGAACGAUGUUGUCGUUGUUGCUGCAACAAAUAGACCAGAUGCUUUGGAUGAAGCGUUGAUGAGACCAGGAAGAUUCGAUUGUCUUGUCGAAGUUUUGCCAGCACAAAACGAAGAAGACAUUUUUGAAGUUUUGAAAGUUUGCACAAGAAAAAUGCCAUUGGAAGAAGGAGCUCUUGAUUACGCAGUGAAGAAUAUAAAGAUAGGAUCAAGUGGUGCAGAAAUAGAUAAUAUAUGCAGAGAAGCAGCACUUGUUGCUUUAUAUAGUGGUUCUGAAAAAGUUUCUGCAGAUCAUUUCAGAAAAAUUAUUGAAAAGCAAAAAUAA